CUAUAUGCCGUUUCCAUGUUCAUCCUCCUGGCUCGUUAUGCAGCCCGACUACGAACCGUCGGUAUCAAAGGUCUUUACUGGGACGAUCUGUUCUGCCUUGGAGUCAUGCUCUUCAACACAUCCGAUGCUGUCACUGUUCACAUCAUUCACUACACUGGCGAGAGCUCAAUAGUCACCGACAAAUGGCUUGAGACAGCAACACAAGCGGACAUCGAUCGCGUAAUCUAUGGCUCCAAGCUCGAAUACGUAGCCUGGUGUGGUUACGCAUCACUUAUUUGGUGCAUGAAGUUCGCCAUGCUCUUCUUUUACAAGCGAUUGACACUGGGCUCAUUCCACAACAAACUGAUCAAAUACUUGUUCUUCUUCACUACUCUGAGCUACAUCAUCGUUUGGUUUGUGCUCAUCUUUGGCUGCUUCCCCACCCAUAUGAACUGGCAAGUGUCGCCUGCGCCUCCAUGGAAGUGUGCUUUCAGACCGCAAAACUUCCUUGCCGUCGCUAUUCCUAACAUCCUGACCGACGCUGCAAUUCUCAUGGUUCCAAUCCCCAUGCUCUGGCAGUUGAAGAUGCCACUGAAGAAGAAGAUCACCAUCGGAGUUGUUCUCUCGUCAGGAAUGUUUGUCAUCAUUGCCGCCAUCAUUCGUACUGUUCUGUCUCUCGACGCAGCUCCCUCUGCCGCCAAUAUCAAUGGAUGGGGUGUCCGCGAAACUUUUAUUGGUAUUUUCACCAUCAACGUCCCUAUCCUUCGUCCUAUCUUCAGCAGAGCAUUCUGGCGGCCAGGACCAUACGACCCGAACGCUUCUGGUAGAGGCUCGGGAUAUAGCCGAAGUGCCCACGGCCUGCAAUCAGGCCCACCCAGGUCCUACAAAGGCACCAAACUGGAGAGCGAGGUCGGCAAGCCCGGAGGACAUGUCGAUGAGUAUGAACUCAGCAGUAGAACACCGCAGUCAGACUCUUUCGACAUCGAGAGCAAUGCCUCAACAGAAAAGAUGGUUCCGACAACGAGCAACCACAGUCAGAAUUACGCUUACGACGUUGAAGACGGCGUCCGUGUUGAGACUUCGUACGCGAUCCGUACAACUCGUCGCGAUGAGGAAACAGGAUCAAUCGCGCAGGGCACAUGGAACAGCAUCGGUGUACCGAGAUAA